CUGGCCUGCGGAGGGCCGUGCAAGCCCGGGCCGAGCGCGCGGUGGUCACCUGCGCGCAGCGCCUCGGAGCGCGCGAGUCUGGGCGCAGAGGAGGGGCACGGUCACUCGGGACCCGCUGUGGGACGAGCGCAGGAAAGUCCGGGGAAAGCCUAGCGGAGUCAGCAAGAGUAGCGGUUGUCAUCUCUGCCUUCCCUGGGGCCAGAUCCUGGGAGCGACCGGGUCAUGUAGGACAUUGUAAAUCAUGUGAAGAUGGGACUCUUGGUAUUUGUGCGCAAUCUGCUGCUAGCCCUCUGCCUCUUCCUGGUCCUGGGAUUUUUGUAUUAUUCUGCCUGGAAGCUUCACUUACUCCAAUGGGAAGACUCCAAUUCAUUGCUUCUUUCCUUUGACUCCGCUGGACAAACACUAGGCACAGAGUAUGAUCGGCUGGGCUUCCUCCUGAAGCUGGACUCUAAACUGCCUGCCGAGCUAGCCACCAAGUACGCCAACUUUUCCGAGGGAGCUUGCAAACCCGGCUACGCUUCAGCCCUGAUGACUGCCAUCUUCCCCAGGUUCUCCAAGCCAGCACCCAUGUUCCUGGAUAACUCCUUUCGCAAGUGGGCUAGGAUCCGGGAGUUUGUGCCACCUUUUGGGAUCAAAGGUCAAGACAAUCUGAUCAAAGCCAUCUUGUCAGUCACCAAAGAGUAUCGCCUGACCCCUGCCUUGGACAGCCUGCAGUGCCGCCGCUGCAUCAUUGUGGGCAACGGAGGGGUCCUCGCAAACAAGUCUCUGGGGUCACGGAUUGAUGACUACGACAUUGUGGUCAGACUGAACUCAGCACCUGUGAAGGGCUUUGAGAGGGACGUGGGCAGCAAGACCACCCUGCGCAUCACCUACCCUGAGGGCGCCAUGCAGCGGCCUGAGCAGUAUGAGCGAGACUCUCUCUUUGUCCUCGCCGGCUUCAAGUGGCAGGACUUCAAGUGGCUGAAGUACAUCGUCUACAAGGAGAGAGUGAUCUUUUUUCCAGUUGGUUCUGGUUAUUCUGAGAAGAGCAAAGCAGGUUGCAUCAGCAGGAGCCUGGCAGCUCCGCACACAGGAGCCUGCCCAGACUUGACUAAGGCAGGGACAUUCCUGGAGGAGGGAGUGACAAGGAAUGCAACCCACAGCUAUCCUCAAGGAGAGAGUGCAUCCGAUGGCUUCUGGAAGUCUGUGGCCACUCGAGUGCCCAAGGAGCCACCUGAGAUUCGCAUCCUCAACCCGUACUUCAUCCAAGAGGCUGCCUUCACUCUCAUUGGACUGCCCUUCAACAACGGCCUCAUGGGCAGGGGGAACAUCCCAACCCUUGGCAGUGUGGCAGUGACCAUGGCACUACAUGGCUGUGAUGAAGUGGCAGUGGCAGGCUUUGGCUACGACAUGAACACACCCAACGCACCCCUGCACUACUAUGAAACUGUGCGCAUGGCAGCCAUCAAAGAGUCCUGGACGCACAACAUCCAGCGAGAAAAAGAGUUUCUGCGGAAACUAGUGAAAGCGCGCGUCAUCACUGACUUGAGCAGUGGCAUCUGAGUGGGCCCUCCCCUGGGCCAGAGAGGCUCACACCAGGGAACAAGCAGCUGCCACCUGCAUAAGAAUCUUCCGACCCAGAAAAGGACAGUGCCAAGGGGGCCCGAGGCCCAGUGAGGCCUUGGCAAGGCACCCAGAGCUGUGUCUGCUUAUAGGCCAGCUUCAGAGACCAGCACUCUGCCUUGCAGCCUGGGUCCAUGAAGCCAGAGGGCCAGGAGGCCACUGGCUGUGGCCAGCAGGCCCAGCAUGCAGGAGGUGGGACAUUUGGUAGCAAGAGUGCUGCCAGAAUCCGUUUCUCUAAUCAGUGUUUGGUGUAUUAUCAUUUCGUGAAAUUGGGUGUGGGGAGGGGUGGGAUAAUUUAUUUUUUAAAUAAGAUGUCACAUUUGGUCCACUUGUUGUGCAGAAAGAGGUCCACUAGAGGGCCCAUGAGACAGUGGUACCAGUGAGCUCCCUGAAGGAUGGACGUGGCAAGACCAUGCUUCAGGGUCACAGGGGGGUGGGUGGCAUCUCACGCCAGCCACCUCCAGCUCAUGACACUCUUUGGCCUUCCCUGGGGAGAAGAUGGAGUAUUUCCUCUCACCAGCCCCCCAGUGUCCCAUAGGGGAACCCCAGAGCCAUCCCUUUAAAGCCAACAGGACAGCUCUUUGGACAAGAGCAGAGAGAACUCAGGAGGCAAGGCCUAGCCCAGCCCGGGGGGAGUGGCUCCUCUCCAUGGCUGUUCCUGAUCCAUGGGACAUGCUCCUGCCUGGACUGAGCAACUGUCAGAUGGUCCGGGCUGCUUGAUGAGACUGCCAGCUCCAUGGGUCCUGCCCAGGGCCACAGGGGAGUGAGGUUUG